GGCGGAGCCAGCGGCGCCGGAAGUGUCCGCGCGGCCCGCGGCCCGGCAGGGCGUGCGCGCUCAGACCAUGGCUACCCAGGCGAAGCGGCCGCGGGUGGCGGGGCCCGGGGGCGGCGGUGACGCGGACCCGGUGGCAGGCUUUCUGAGCUGGUGCCGGCGGGUGGGGCUGGAGCUGAGUCCCAAGGUGGCGGUAAGCCGGCACGGCACGGUGGCCGGCUACGGCAUGGUGGCCCGGGAGAGCGUGCAGCCCGGGGAGCUGCUGUUCGAGGUGCCGCGGGCUGCGCUCCUGUCGCAGCACACCUGCUCGAUCGGCGGGCUGCUGGAGCGAGAGCGAGGCGCGCUGCAGAGCCAGUCAGGCUGGGUGCCGCUUCUGCUGGCGCUGCUGCACGAGCUGCAGGCCCCAGCCUCACCCUGGAGACCCUAUUUUGCGCUGUGGCCCGAGCUGGGCCGCUUGGAGCACCCUAUGUUCUGGCCAGAGGAGGAGCGCCGGCGCUUGCUGCAGGGCACAGGCGUACCCGAGGCCGUGGAGAAGGAUUUGGCCAACAUCCGCAGCGAGUACUACUCCAUCGUGCUGCCCUUCAUGGAAGCCCACCCUGGUCUCUUCAGCCCCCGGGUUCGCUCCCUAGAGCUCUACCAGCAGCUCGUGGCCCUUGUAAUGGCCUAUAGCUUUCAGGAACCACUGGAGGAAGAGGAGGAUGAAAAGGAGCCAAACUCCCCUUUGAUGGUGCCUGCUGCAGACAUAUUAAACCACUUAGCCAAUCACAAUGCCAAUCUAGAAUACUCUGCAAAUUAUCUUCGGAUGGUGGCCACUCAGCCCAUUCCUAAAGGCCAUGAGAUUUUCAACACUUAUGGGCAAAUGGCUAAUUGGCAACUGAUUCAUAUGUAUGGCUUUGUCGAACCAUAUCCUGGCAACACAGAUGACACAGCUGACAUUCAGAUGGUGACAGUUCGAGAGGCAGCAUUACAGGGUACAAAAGGUGAAGCUGAAAGGCUCCUGCUGUAUGAGCGCUGGGAUUUGUUAUGCAAACUGGAGAUGGUAGGAGAAGAGGGAGCCUUUGUGAUUGGGCGGGAGGAGGUGCUGACGGAAGAGGAGCUGACCACCACACUAAAGGUUCUGUGCAUGCCUGCUGAGGAGUUCAGAGCGUUUAAAGACCAGGAUGGAUGGAGAGAUGAAAGGGCAGAGCACAGCCUGAGAAUCACAAGCAUCCCCAAGCUCAGAGCAUCAUGGAGACGGCUUCUUCGAGACAGUGUGCUAUUAACCCUGCAAACCUAUGCCACAGACUUAAAAACUGAGCAAGAUUUACUCAGUAAUAAGGAGGUCUAUGCCAGACUCAGCUGGAGAGAACAGCAGGCCUUACAGCUUCGCUAUGGUCAGAAGAUGAUCUUACAUCAGUUGUUGGAGCUGACAAGUUAGCAGGUUCCCUGUUGCCUAUAGGAACAGCAAUAAGAACUUAUUCUAAAUUGAUAUUCAUUGAUGCUUGAAAAGGAGGAAAAUUUGGAUCUUUUGCUUUUCUUAUUAAAUACUAAAAGGAAAGUAGCAAAGGUGUUAUGGUAAGAUUAACUGAGGUAAGUGUGAUGUGUUGGGCACAGCAGACUUGGGGAUCACUGCUAGUUGUUACCUGAUGUUUUAUAGCUGUUUUCAGUUCUAACCAAUGCCAGCAGAAAUCGGGUGGUAAUAGGUCUUACUGUGUUCUAGCAUUUAAUAACGUGGACUUUGCAAGUACACCUGGUUCAAAUCUGGGUCUAUUUUUAAGAAGGUCCCUUAACCUUUAAAGACCAUUAGAGGGUUUAAUAUAAUAAGCUGUGUAACUGGCACUCAGAGUGGUUGCUUUAAUUCCACCUUCAGUUACGUAAUCAGCAGUCUGUUUCGGGUCUUGAGGGGCAAGUUGUGCCAUGUAGAGCAAAGACAUUCAAAACCCCAUUCACGUAGGACUUAAGCUAUCCAAUUUUGUCCUCUCUGGCCCUAAAACUUGACACUGAUUAAAAGGUGAAUGUUAGGAUAAAUUUUAUAUACCUACUCAUUUUCUUUGAUAUUUUUAAAAGUAGCUGAGGGUAAAGGCUAUUAAACCUGGGUGUUUUGUAAUUCAGUGUAA